UGGGUGGCCUUGGCUUGGAAGUUGGAAGGGAAGGUUGGAGUUCUCAAAAGAUCGUUGCUUCCGGCAACUCGCUCUGCUGCCUUCUGAAAAAUCCGACGAGCCGACGACUCGGAGUGUCCAGUUCAGACGACGCCGAAGAAGACGACAAAGAAGACGACGACAAUGAUGAACGGCAGUCACAGUGGAGCCUCGUCGUCUCCCGGUCGCGACCAUGACGAUCCAAGUAGUAGUAGUCGUCGUGUCAUUGCCACUCCAAUGGCAGCAGGAGCGGCCAAUACUGCAAUGAAGCUGUUCGAGAACUACUCCAGCUUGAAUCGCGCCAUUGACAACACACGAAAGGAGAUGAAGCAGACUCGGGCAGAGAUUGAAGAGAUCCAAGGCAAAAUCCAGAUGAGUCGACAGGAACGUGACUCCAUGAAGCAGCGAAUUGUCUUGGCCAACAAGGAGACUAGCGAAUUCCACCACCAAAUUGAUCAAGCCAAUGACGAGCUGUUGGAACUGGAUUUGAUCCGCGCGUCAAUGAAGAAACAACAAGCAGAACGUGAGCUGCAGCAUUUGAAAGACUACCGCGACAAGCAGUACCACGAAUUCAAGGAAGCAUCACGAGAAUUCCGAGCUGAGAUUCGACGCAACCGACUUUGCUGUGCCACAGAGUUGGGAUUGGAAAGAGUUCACACCAAGGCAUUUGCCACUGUCCUGGCAACCGAUUCGGCAGUGCAAGCCAUGUACUCUCCAGAAGCAAUCUCUGUUUCGCCAAAUGUCUUUGAUGAAGGCAACAAGGACAUGUAUCAACCAGCAGUGGAGCAUGGAGGGGUGGUUCCCUUUGCCGAAAGCCCCAAUCUCAAAACAGAUCCUCGUCUUUGGACCCCGGAUCCUCGUGAUGAAGUCAUGAAAGCAAAGCUGAGUGUCUACUGCCAACAAAUCUCCAAACGUGAGAAAGAAAUUCAAGAAGUAGAAGCUCUUCGAGACAAAUGUGAGGCGGCCAAAAACAAAGCCCAGUCCCGUGCCCGAAACAUGCAACAACUGGAAGCGCAACGUGACCGCAUCAAGAACGAUGUCAUGGAAAUGGAACAGAAGAUUGAAUCCUUGAAACAGGAAACAGAAGAAACGGAGGCAUUGGCCCAAACCUAUGAGAAACAGGUCAAGUGCAAGCGACUGGCCUUGGCACAGGCGCGGUUUGAAAAUGGAGCAUCCAGCAGUGGGGCGCCUGACCGUAACCCUCGUCCUACUGCCGCUGCUGUGGCUCAAAACCCGUACAAGAACCGAAACAAUGGCACUAGCAAUAGUGGAUGUCAAAGCUCAUCUUCUCGUGGAGGCGGAAGACCUGCUUAUCAAAACCAACAAUCAACUUCAACUUCUCGACAGCAGCAACAGCACCCCCGUCGAGAGGGUCGCAUCCGAGUGAAUCGUCAAUUCACAACCAACUUGUCCAUUUUGGAGCCGGAUGCAGGCCGCAAUGACUGCAAUGAGCAGCGUGGUUCCUUGCUGGACAACGACAGUGAUUCGGAUGAUGAGCUCCUCUCAUUUACUCCAUUUCCCAAGCGUCCUUGAGUCUGUGCAUUGGAGCAGAUUGCUGUAUUCAAACAUCAAAUACAAGCAAUCAAUCAAACAAACAAACAAACAAACAAACAAACAAACAAACAAACAAACAAACUA